CUCUUCCUUCUGUAUAGCUGGGUUCAGAGAGGAGACACCAUGAACUCCAGCCUCAUGGUCCUUCUCUGCCUUGGGCUGAGCGUGGGCCUGAGGACCCCAGUGCAGGCAGGGACCCUCCCCAAACCCACCCUCUGGGCUGAGCCAGGCCCUGUGAUCCUCUGGGGGAACUCAGUGAGCAUCUGCUGUCAGGGGGCCUGGCAGGCCCAGGAGUUCCGUCUCGAUAAAGAGGGAAGCCCAGCACCCUGGGGCAGAAUGAAGUCUCUGGAUGACGGGAACAAGGCCAAGUUCUCCAUCACACUGAUGACAGAGCCACAUGCUGGGAGAUAUCAGUGUUACUAUCUCAGCCAAGGUGUCUGGUCAGAGCACAGUGACCCCCUGGAGCUGGUGGUGACAGGAUACUACUACAGCAAACCCAGCCUCUCAGCCCUGCCCAGCCCUGUGGUGACCUCAGAAGGGAAUGUGACUCUCAAAUGUGACUCAGAUGAGGAAUUUGGCAGAUUUGUUUUGACUAAGGAAGGAGAAGACAGGCUCUCCUGGACCCUGGACUCACAGAGACACCCCAGUGGGCAGUUCCAGGCCCUGUUCCAUGUGGGCCCUGUGACCCCCAGACAGAAUGGGACUUUCAGAUGCUAUGGUUAUUACAGGCACAUCCCCCAGGCCUGGUCACCACCAAGUGACCCCCUGGAGCUCCUGGUCUCAGGAGCAGCCAACACCAUUGGCCCCUCACACAACAGCUCCAGUAACAUGAGUGACUCCUGGCCCCAGGACUACACAGUGGGGAAUCUCAUCCGCAUGGGCGUAGCUGGCUUGGUCCUGCUCGUCCUUGGGGUGCUACUGUCUCAGGCUCAAGACAGCGAAAGAAGGGCCCAGGCUGCCACCAGGACCUGAAUACAGAGGUAAAGGAGUAUCUCUGAGAAUGAAAGAGACUUGGAAAUGAAGUCAUGUGCUCAGAAGGUUUUGGAAGAUAAUCUGGGGCAUGCUUCAUGACCUGUCUGCAGAUCAUUGCACAUGGAGGACUUGUUGCUCAUAUGUAGGGGGACAAAGUCUGGACCCUUCUGCCAUUAAAUCCAACCCAUUUCCUCCCGACCACUGUUGAGUCAUAUGACCAGUUCCUACCUAUUCCCAGUUCAGUUAAAUUAGCGUUGAUCCCACAUGGCAUGGCCACCUCCACACCUCCCUACACCUUCAGAAAACUUGUCCUUCUUUAUGUCUAAUUACACCUGCCUUGGUGUUUGUAUGAAGGGCCCAUCCACUCAGAUCACAGCAUGCAAUCUAUUUUAUGUAAGUCAGUGAGCUGGCAUCACAGAGAUUCAGCUCACAAGAGAUAAAUCCCAAAUAAUGCCCUAGCACCCUCUCUGGACCCCAGAUGCCUUCACCUGUCCCCAGAUGGCACCUGUGGACUCUCCCCAGGAACCUCCUCACAUGGAGUCAAGACUUUUUUCUCUCUACACUUGAGGAUUAUUUACAUUGCUUUUUUUGAGAGAUGAAAGAGAGAGAGAGAGAGAGAGAAACACUGAUGUGAGAAGCAAGCACUGAUUGGUUGCCUCCCAUAGGUGUCUGGACAGGGGACUGAACUUGCAAUGUAGGUAUGUGCCCUGACCGGGGAUUGGAAACCACAAGGUUUUGGUUAUGGGAUGAUGCUCCAACCAACACAGCCACACCAGCCUGGGGGAAAUCAAGACAUUUUCAUCUGAAGGGAUCACCUGGGAUGAACUGCCUGGGAAAACCCACUGUUAAACACACAGGACAGUAUACAGAUAAUGUAUUAGAGAACUGUACACUUGAAACCUAUAUGAUUCUAUUACUCAUGUCGUCCCAAUGAAUUCCUCUUAAUAAAACACUGGUUCUUGGCAUUUUA